AUGCAACCUCAUCUAUUUGACCAAAUGAUGCAUGGAGUUGCCAACCACAAUCCUUACUUUGUCCAAAUGCAUGACGCUUCUGGAAGCGUUGGCUUCUCUACAGAACAAAAGUUAACAUGUGCAAUGAGGAUUCUCGCUUACAGUCUUCCUGAGGAUUUGUGUGAUGAGUUUCUUGAUGUAGCUGAAUCUUCAGCUAUGGAGAUUUUGCAACAUUUUACUAGAGCAAUUUUGAAUGCGUACCACAAGCAUUAUCUUCGUCGACCAUCUCCAACGAAUUUGCGGCGGUUGCUUAGACAUGCUGAUAAAAGAGGGUUCUCUGUAAUGGUUGGAAGUCUCGAUUGCAUGCACUGGAGUUGGAAGAACUGUCCUACUUCAUGGCAAGGGCAUUUCACAUGUCAUAAAAGAAAACAAACAAUCAUUUUGGAGGCGGUUGCAUCAUAUGAUACUUGGAUUUGGCAUGCAUAUUUUGGACUUCCAGAUUCCCUUAAUGACAUCAACGUUCUUGGAAUGUCUCCACUAUUUGAUGAUGUUUGUAGAGGAGAAUCUCCUCGAGUCAAAAAUCAUGUAGCAGCUCGAGAAUAUGGUCAGUGCUAUUACCUAGUUGACGGUAUCUAUCCUAAAUGGGAGACUUUUGUGAAAGCAAUCAGAAAUCCAAUUACGCCUCAACAAGCUCACUUCACAAAGAUGCAAGAGUCAUUCAGUAAAGAUGUAGAGAGGGUGUUUGGAAUUCUCCAAACUCGUUUUGCAAUUGUUAGAGGACCAGAUCGUGGAUGGGCUAGGGAGGAUCUCUCCUACAUCAUGAUAACCUGCAUUAUUUUGCACAAUAUGAUUGUGGAAGAUGAGGGCGACAAAGAAGAAGAAGUGGUAAUUGACCCCGAUGAUGUCCCAACAAGACCAAUGGCUACAGAAGUAUAUGAAAGGUAUGAUCAUUAUCAUCAAGUUCAGCGUGAAGCCCAUGUUCUUGAUGAAUUCAUGCGUCGCUACCAAGCAGUUAGAUGUCCAGUUGUGCAUAAUUACCUCAGGAGGAUUUGGUUAAACAUCUAUGGAAUGUGA